AGUUGACAGUUGCUUUCUACGGAACAGGGGGUAGCCUAACUGGUUAUCGCAAGUGGUCUCCUACAGAUUGUAUCCAGACAGUAUUAUCUAGUAAAUUUGUGGUGGGAAUUUCUUUUUACGUCAAAGCCCCGCCUCGAUGGCCAGCGAGUGAGCUGGAACAUUUAACGCGAUAACAAACUGAAGGAGAUAGGCAGGACGCAAAAACAGCAUGAGAGGAACAGAAGUUUAUAUACAACCCAUGGAACCAAUCAUUUGCAGACACUCGACAGUCUUGUUUCCAGCUGCUUGGCAAGCUCCGGACGAGCUCGCUUGUCAUUCACUGUCGCAGAUUUGACCGUUGCAGUUGUGUCUUUCCAGCAAUAAUAGUGGUCAACGUCCGAGGAUACCUCCACGGGGACACGCGGCUGACACUUUCCAAACAAGCCACCAAGAUGAUGUUAUCUAUGGGUACGACGUUCCCCAUCUUAUGCAGUUGGUGCCUUUGGACCGUAUUGUCCCUUUGUUACGGGCUGGAGUUCCGCUAUCAUAACUCAGUCGAGGUGGAGAAAUACCUGAGGGAAGUGAGUAGAAGCUACCCCGCUUUCACAUACCGCUACAGCAUCGGUAAAUCCGUGGAAGGAAGACAUCUCUGGGUCCUUGUCCUAGGGAAGUUUCCGAGAGAACACAGGGUUGGGAUUCCAGAGUUCAAAUAUGUCGGCAACAUGCAUGGAAAUGAGGUGGUGGGGCGUGUUCUGUUGCUCCAGCUGAUCGACUAUCUGACGAAGGGUUACCACAGCAACCCCUUUGUGACACGCCUCCUGGACAGCACGCGGGUGCACAUUCUGCCUUCAAUGAACCCGGACGGCUUCGAGUCCUCCUCCCGCGACUGCAUGAGCGGCUAUGGCAGGUACAACAGAAAUGGCGUGGACCUCAACCGGAACUUUCCGGACUUCUUUCUGGGAGAGGAUGAGGAGAGUCGCGAGUUUGAAGUGCUGGCCAUCAUGGACUGGAUGAAGCAGGAGAGGUUUGCACUGUCGGCCAACCUGCACGGAGGGGCCGUUGUAGCCAGCUAUCCCUACGACAACAGCAAUGGAGGAAGCGAACUACAGGAGGGUGCAAGUGUCUCCCCCGACAACGACGUCUUUGUCCACCUAGCAAAGACGUACUCCUACAGCCACACGCAGAUGCACCGCGGCAACGCCUGCUCCGACUCCAACUUCCCCCAUGGCAUCACCAACGGCUACCAGUGGUACAAACUGCCCGGUGGGAUGCAGGACUAUAACUACGUGUGGCAGCAGUGUCUGGAGAUCACGCUGGAGCUGUCCUGCUGCAAGUUCCCGCCCGAGCGCGAGCUGCCUGGCUUCUGGGAGGCCAACCGGCCCGCACUGCUUGCCUACAUGCAGCAGGUGCACCUGGGUGUUAAAGGGCAGGUGUUUGACGGAAACGGGAACCCUGUGCAGGACGCCGUGGUGGAGGUGCAGGGCCGGAAGAACCUGUGUCCGUUCCGCAGUGGCGCCGAGGGGGAGUACUACCGCCUGCUGCUCCCAGGGAACUACACCUUCAAGGUGACCUUUCCUGGACACGAGACGCUGAUCGAGACCCUGUCUGUCCCCUACGGGCCAGAAAACUUCUCGGCCUUGAAGCACGACUUCUGGCUCCAGCGUAUCAACGCAGGCACCCCCGCCUUUCCCACCAAGCCCUGCUCCACCCGGGGACUGCAACCACAGGACAGCCACAGCCCCGUCCUGCUGGCCACACCUGGCCUGACACUCCUCCUGCCUCUCCUACUCCUUUCAUUGCUAAUGUGAGAUCAGAUGAGGCAAAAGACUUAAGACUUUUUCUUUUACUCACCAUUUGACCUUGCAAAGCCAUGUGGCCCAUUUUAAGUUGAUAUUUGUUUAUGGUUAUUAAGUUUAAGGUUACACAUACACUUAUGUUGGGCUUACCUCAGCUUUGGUGCGAAGCUAAGCAGGUGUGAGCCCAGGAUAGACGGCUCUGAGGAUUUCUAAGUGCCUCAAAAGAAGAAGAAAAAAAAAGAAAAAGAAGAAGGAAAAAAAAAACCUUGCUCUUCAGAGUCAAGAUAAAACUUUCAUCUGCGAAUGUGAGAGCAAACAGUGGCUUUUCGGAUUUACGGUUGAUAUGAACACAUCAACAGGCUUUCUGCACUGUGAAGAAAUCGGAGGCAUUUCUUAUCGUGUGCGUUGAGAUAAGAAGUUGUCGCCUAAACAUAAACACGACCCUUGACUCUGGGAUACGCAUCAGUGUUAAGCCAGCGAGACGACAAAAGCCCAAACAUGUAUGGAAACUCAGGAGGGAGAGCAGAGACUCUUCUCUCGCCUAUCAGCUGGAUUCCAAAGUCGCUCCAGUCUUUAUCACUCCACAAGCCACAAUUAUAGUGAAGGUAUUUGAAAGGAAUGUGCUCUGAUUCUUAACCACAUGGUUGAGAAAACAUUACAUUCCAUAUAUGGGCUCCCUUAGAACAUGUUCAGUAAAUUGUAAUAUCAUAAAACACACAUAAACACACACACACACACACACAAAAAAAAGACCCUGGGAUGGCUGGCACACACAAAGAUAUUGAUAAAAAACAUAUUGUCACACUAAUGCUGUAUAUGAAUUGAUCCACUAGAGGGAGCUCUUGAGAUUUUCAUAUCCUCAGCUCAUAUUCUGUCUAAAUAUUAGACCCUCAAUGCAAACUAGGGAGUCGAUUUGGCAAGAAUCAAAUCUUGUUUUCAGCCUCAAAACCUGUUUUCCCAGUGCUCUUGAAUGGGGAAGCUAGCAUCAAAUCCUCUGAAGAUUGUUGAAGUAUUAAACACAUUUUAUAUGGCGACAAUAACUGGCAAUAUCUAUAGUUUUAAGUUUCAAUCUGAAAGAAUAACACAAUAUCAAAAGGCUUUUUAUAUAUAUGGUGUACCAGAAUGCCUUUUAUCAUGGCAGUAUGUUAUUUGCAAGCUUAUAGAUUUGUCAGAUGACACCAACUGAAGACACCCUGCCAAUGUGCUUUGCAGGUCUGUCUGUAUAAAUCUUACCAGGUAUGUUCGUAUUCAGCCUUGUUAAGACAUAAAUAGAUGGGUGGAACUUCCCUUCCCUGGGAGGACUCCACGGUUAUACUUAUUUCAUAGUUUCUUAACUGAAUAUUGCUGAAUGCUGAGUUCAUAUAACCAGGACCACCACAGAAAUACAGAAGUGGAUAUGGUUCUCGUUUUCUCCUUACCUAGCCAUUUCUGUUACAUGUUUAACAUGGGGAUGUUGGCAUGAAAUCUUAAGGUGAUGCAACAUACUGCUAGCUGUUCAUCACAGCGUUCAAGCCGCCUUGAAGGAUUAGAAUCUGUACUGUAGGUGUCUAAAACCUGAGUGUCUAGUUUUAUGAACAUCCCAGUGAAUUUAGGAUCAACUGAAAUCUUGCUGUGGACAAUCCUGGGGGCAUGCUUGUGCUGUACACAUGGGCCAGAAACAAGUGCAGGUUAUCAAACACACUGUUCUACCUCAUCCCAUAGCUUGUGAAUUACAGCUAUGUUGCAGUUGUGCCUCUGCCAAUAAAAUCUGACAGUGUU